UAUAAUGAAAUAUGAAAUCUCUUUAUUUAAAACCUUGUGUUUGCGCUUUGCAUUUUACAUAUUUCCUCCUUCAUCUUCUUCGUUGAUUUGAGCCUUUUGAAAUUUCCAUUUUUAGAAAACCCCAACAAUGCUUUUACUAUUGAUUUCAUGUUUCUCCUUCAUUCUUUUAUCCAAAUCAUUAUCUUCAAAGCACCAACAUCACAACCGUGAACGGCGGUUGUUCCCGCCAUGGGACGAAGCGUUCACCACCACUUUCAUGACCUCAUGGUUCCAAAAAGGUACCCUUCAAAUCUUCACCUCCACCACGCCAUUAAAGAAGCUCAAACCCAAAGCAAAAAACCCCGUAUGGUCGUCAUCAACGGAGAACCAAAAAGAAAAUCACAACAAAACGACGCCGUCUCCGUCGUUGCUGGACUUGCCUGAGCUCGUAUUGGACUGCAUUUUGGACCGUCUUCAACCGGCGGAGCUUUGUGCCAUGUCCGGUGUUUGUUCUUCUUUGAGAGAACGGUGUGUGAGUGACGAUGUUUGGGAGAAAAGGAUGAAAGGGAAAUGGGGGAAAGUGAUUGGAGAUGCUGCUUAUAGAGAAUGGCAAUGGUAUAUUGCUUUGAAAAAUAGAUCCAAUCUGUUGAAUAAUCAAAGGAAUCAAAGCAAUUUUUCGUUUGAACCUGUUGCUAAAAUUUGGCCGUUUCUCUCUUGGUUUAACAUUAAACCCAGAGCUGAAAAAGAGCUCAAAAAUGGCGGAUUGGCUGUUGAUUCGAUCAUGGCUUGGUAUUUGGCUUUGGAAACUGGGAGAUUCUCGUUCCCUGCUCAAGUCUAUAAUAGAGAGAAUGGACAUGCUGGGUUUUUGCUAUCAUGUUAUGAUGCCAAACUUAGCUAUGAUUCAAAAACUGACACCUUUCAAGCAAGGUACUCGCCUCACGGACGGCGAACAACAGAGGAGAAUAUAUCAUGGGAUAGGCUAAGAGCGCCACCGGUCGAUACUUGUUCAUAUGAUCUUCACAUUUCCGAUUCAUUAUUUGAAUUAAAACCCGGUGAUCAUAUCGAGAUCCAAUGGAGAAGAAACAGAGAAUUCCCUUAUGGGUGGUGGUAUGGUGUGGUCGGUCACAUGGAAUCAUGCAAUGGAAAUGAAAAUCACUGCCGCUGCCAAGAUACAGAUACUGUGAUGCUAGAAUUCAAGCAAUAUCCUUCAAGUUCAAGAUGGAGAAAAACAAUGAUAAAUAGGGAAAAUCAUAGAGAAGUAGGCAAUGAAGGUGAUGGGUUUUAUGGUGGCAUUAGAAAGCUUUAUAAUCAACAAGAGAUUUCUAUGUGGCAAAGCCUUUGGCCUAACCAAGUCUUAGAAUAAUAUAUAUAUAUAUAUAUAUAUAUAUACUGCUUAGGCAAAUUUUUGCUUGCCACUGACAGUGUAUUUUCGAUAUAAUGACACUGCCCUUUCCAUCCUUUGUAAAUAUAUUCCAUUAGCACUUUUUUUUUCUCCUUCAAUUGUGAAUGAGAAAAUAGUUUUAAAAGCUAUAAAAUAGAAAGCUCUUAGUUUUAGAGAUUGUAAUGGUCAUUAUAUGUAAAUUUAUGACUUAAUUGCUUUUUUUUUAUUUAAAAUUUUAAUAAUUUUUCCUUAUGAUUUUCUAAUAUAUGGAAAAAAUUAAAUUAAAUAA